GCCCGAGGAGGCAUUACAGUAAGCAAACGAACAUCUCGCCGCGUUCCCGACAGUGGUUAAAUCCUGUAAAAGCGUUUGAGGCAACAAUUAGAGUGGGUGGCGGAGGUGCGCGGCGGUGUGGCGGCUGGCGGCGCCCCUGGCUCCGCCCCCUGGCCAGGCUCCUCCCCCUCCUCGCCACACUCGUCUUCCCGCUGCUCUACUUCCCUUCUCAUUCCUCUCCACUCUCUACUCGUCAGGCGGAGAAUUUCUCUUAGCACGGAAGACCACAAAUUAAGGAACCCCUCGCCGCCUCCACGCCGCUCUCCUUGAAGCCUGUGAAAAGUAAACCCCAAGGCUGAGGCUCCCGCUGACUUUGUUGUGAAUCGCGGCGGUGGGGGCGACGCCCCUCCCCCUGUGUAACUGAGAGUGUUGUGUGGCUAUUGAGGGCCCCGCCCCGUCCUGCCCCGCCCCCCGUACCUCCCCCGCCCUUCGCCGCCCUGCCCCUCGCUCAUCCUCACUUAUUUGCCAGUCGUGUCACGGGGCGCUUCGCUCACCGUCCAGCCUCCAUGUCUCCGAGCCGCCCCGCUUGUUAACAGUCCGGUGCGGCGCUUCAGACGCCCACUCCGCCGCCCACCGCUGUGUCCCGACCCUGCGGCCCCGCCCCUGUGCCACGAGGCUCCGCGCACUGCUUGUCAGUCCCCACACGGCACCCAACACACGUGACACUCGCCCGUCCGCAGGUCACGUCCCACACCCGCACGGAAUACUGGCGGCGACACCCUGUGACAGUGACGAGCAUCACGCACGCCGGCCACGCGCCCACCACGUCCGCCACGCACGGCGCCUCACCCGGGCACGCCCACAUACGCCUCCGUGCCCAACACGUGCCGCCGGGACACUCAUGGUCACGUUCAGUCUCGUCUUGACCGUGGUGAACUGAGGCGACCUUGUGCCGUGGCCUUGCGGCCCCCAGUGAGUGUGAAUGCCUCGUGACUCUCAGUGAUCAGUGCCGCCGGUUGGACGUAUCCUCCGAUCGCCGUGCAUUUCUUGCAGUGUGUCUGUGACCUCUGAUAGCUACACUCGUGGCCCUUGACUCUUGGCGGCAGUAUACUGACACGCGUCGUUUGGCAUCAGUCCCGCUAACAACCCUACAGAAUCUAAAGCUCCGCUGUGCCGCGGCUCGCACCGAGCAGCCCGGCUCCGAUCGCUCCGCGGCACCUUUGGCCUUGCCAGCACAGAUGAAGGGCGGUGCAGCCGCCCAACCGUCGGGUGACACACAAAGAGCUCGACCAUAAACCCAUCGCAGCCAGAACAACCACAUUAGCCGAGUCUGAGGAAAUGAUUCGGUCAUAAAAGUGUCGAAGUCCCGCUCAUUUCACAUGCACCCGCCUGACACUCAUCUGCCGCACGCCAGUACUGCUCCACGAGGCCUCUCAGGUGUAUGUGUGUCGCGUCGCCUUGUUGUGCCCUACUUUGUGUCACAUCUGUGUACACGUUGCAAGCCGAGGCAGCAAGGCAUUGAUUCUGUGGAUCAGCAGCAGUGAAACACACCGGAAGAAGGUCAUUCGCUCUAGUGAUUAACACAAAAGCCGACACGACGGUGCCCGUCACUACAAAAACUUCACCUUUGGUCUUGUGCAGCCGAAUAUUUCCUUUCCGAUUCCCGCCACCGCGGCUUGUCCUCCCGCCGUGCCCUGCCAUAAGUAAGGUUACGUGGCAGACCGGCGGCCAGCUGAGGCAGUGUCCGCGGUAUUAGCUAAAAGACGGGAAACGCACCACCCCACCGCGCCGUGCAGCAGGCGGCAACAGUGUCAGUGCAACAACUACUAAAGCGCCAAUAAUAAGCAAUCGGUCCCUCCGGAGGUGCGAGUGGUGAGCGUGUGGCUAAGAAAGUGUUGUCGUUUAAGUUUGUGUCAAGAUGGCCGACUGGUACGGCUCGCGGGAGCAGUUGAUGUCGCUGCACGGACUAGACACCGCCAUGUUGGGGUACGGCAUGAGCGCCGCGGCCUUCCCGCCCAUCCAGCCCGACGCCUACUCCCACGCCCACGCCCACGCCGCUGCUGCUGCGGCCUACAACUUCCAGAGGCAGCCCUCUGUCACGUCAGGCUUUGCUCACUCAUGCUUUGCGCCAGACCAACAGUGGCGACAAUUGCCAGAUGGAAGCAUCCUGGAGCUUCGGAAAGAGAAGUCCAGAGACGCUGCGAGAUCCAGAAGAGGGAAAGAAAAUUACGAGUUUUAUGAAUUGGCAAAGAUGCUGCCGCUCCCGCCCGCCAUCACGUCACAGCUCGACAAGGCCUCCAUCAUCCGCCUCACCAUCUCCUACCUCAAGCUGCGGGAGUUCACCUUACACGGGGACCCGCCCUGGCCGCGGGACGUCUCCAACAACAAAUCCCUCAAAGGCGCCAACAUCAGGCCUCGCACGAUGUCCGGGAUGACCAUGGACAUCUUCGAGACCCACCAGGGCACCCACGUCCUUCAGAGCCUCGACGGGUUCGCCUUCACUCUCGCGGCCGACGGAAGAUUCCUUUACAUCUCCGAAACCGUGUCCAUCUACCUCGGUCUGUCGCAGGUGGAGAUGACAGGAAGCAGCGUGUUUGACUACAUCCACCAGCAGGACCACCAGGAACUGGCGGACCAGCUGGGCCUGACCCUCGCCACAGGCCAGCCACUCCCCUCCCCGUCCUCCCUCGGCUCGGAAGAGGGCGCGACAGGCUCACAGGCAACCAUGAACCCUGACGUGGCAACGUGUAUGGCUCUCACCGCCAACUCACAGUUCAAGGGUUACGACCGAGCCUUCUGCAUCCGCAUGAAGUCCACGCUAACCAAGAGGGGGUGCCACUUCAAGACCUCAGGAUAUAGAGUAGUAUUAGUCCUGGGUCACCUGCGGCCUCAGUACGUCUUCAGCCACUCCCGCAAGAACCCGCCCCAACUGAUGGGCCUCGUCGCCCUGGCCAUCGCCUUGCCGCCGCCCUCGGUCCACGAAGUCCGACUUGAGUCUGACAUGUUUGUGACCAGAUUAAAUUUCGACUUUAGGAUAGCGCACUGCGAACCCAAAGUUGCUGAUCUGCUGGACUAUACAGCGGAGGAGCUACAGGGACGCUCACUCUACUCCCUCUGCCACGGACAGGAUGUUGAAAAGCUACGAAAGACCCACGUUGACUUAAUCCAGAAGGGCCAAGUCAUGAGUCCAUACUUCCGUCUCCUCAACAAAACUGGGGGCUACACGUGGGUCCAGAUAUGCGCAACUGUGGUCGUCAACAACAAGAAUGGAGAUGAACAAAAUAUUAUAUGUGUAAAUUACGUCAUAAGGGCAGAGUACGACAGCCUUGUGCUGGACCAGACCCAGCUAGACCCAGCCCUGGCCAACAUGAAGUCUGAUGACCUGGAGUACCCCAGUACAGCCACCCCAGAACCCACAGAGGGCGGGUCGCGGACAGUUAGUGAGGACACAGUUGGGUCCCCUCGGCCAGCAGUCUCCACCUCAGGCGGGGGAGCGGGAGACACACGCUCCCCCAUGGGCCAAACAGAGUCCAUCACCACGCCACUCCGAGGUACACCAAGUGUUCCCUUAGACGGGGCUCAGAUUAAAACGGAGGCCACUGGCGGCCUAUUGACUCCGAUGGGGAAUGCUGACCUACCUGAAGACUCGGGUGGUGGCUGUGAAAGAACCUCCUCCCCAAGCCACAUCUCAGAACCUCCAGCAUCCACCCCAGGAACACCUCAUGCCAGAGCCACCCCCAUGAUGACCACCACCCCAAUUGAGGCCUCUCCUGGAGCCAAUGUCCGCCCACCUCCCCGUAGUGACGAGGGGGCUGUGAGGGACUUGGAAGCGGCCAUGACCAGACAUCUUCCCGACGACACAACAGACUUCUCCACUGAUGCCCUCUUGAAAGGUGGUGGGACAUCCACCUCCAUGAACAAUGCAGGGCAGCGUUCCACCAUCCAGUGGGUCGGCAAUCCGGGUGGCCAGCAAACCUCAUCACUGCCAGCUUCCACACUUUUACGGCAACUGUAUGCCAGCCGGGAAAGUGUUAUCAGGUCAUCUGUGCAGAGGUCAUAUUACUCAGAGAUGGGAUCAGCCCUGCCAACACCUCCAGGAUCAGAAGGUUAUCAGGAUGCUAUGUUUGGCAAGGGGCAUGAUUUCCCUUACCCUGGAAGUGGUUUAACAGCCUCUGGUUACCCUGACUACCACUCUGCCAUGACCCCACCCUCAAGUGUUUCUCCUCGUGAGAAAAUGGCAGGAGACUGUGGCGACCUCCGUGGAACGUCUGGAGGGUACCUGGGUGAUGGGGGAGGCCUGCCUGCCCAACCUGUACCCCUGAAGCCACAGGUGUACUCCUAUGGCUCCUCAGGGGUGCCCCUGGACUCAUCAGCUUACUCUGCUCCACUGUCAGACCAAGCUGGACUUUACACACCCUCCAGUUUUCACCUUUACCAUGCAAAUUCAACAAAAUCCACCUCAUCAUACGACAGCUUACGCACUGGGGGUUCGUGGUAUGCCCCUUCAUCAUAGCAACAACUCUCCUGUCAAGGUUCCUUAGAGAGUGACUUUAACAUCAGCAUGCAUUGCCACGGCUUUCACAAAUAAGGUGCAGGUGUGGUCAGGCUAUGUGGUGGCUAAUUUUCCUACAGUCGUGAGUCUCACUGCAUUUCUCUGAUAUUAAAAUGACAAUAAAUCUGAGAUGCAUGUGUGUGCAGAGUUAAUGUAGUUCCAAGAUAAAGACUUGUUCCUGUAGAGUAAAUGAGAAAAUUAGCCUAAAGUGAAAAUGAAGAGAAAUUUUGUACAGUUUCUGGUGAUUAUCAAAGAAAUGUGUUUACUACCCCCAACAGUAUUUAAGCAGCAGUAUGCAUGUAGGCUACUAGUGCAGCAGUCAUUACCUCCCCUCACAGCAACAUUCAUGGUCAUGCCUCUUAACUGGUCCAAAGGAGUGUGUCUGGUCUCACAGCUCUGUUCACCCGUCUUCCAAGGGCUCACCAGAAUACAUAUCGCCACAAUUUUGUCUCUUCUGAUUGGUCUUUCUGGAUCGUCUGGUGACAUGGUUCCUGUGGAGGUGAAAUAAGCUCAUGAGAAUGAGUUUAAACAUAUCUAUUUUGAAUUGGUUAGUUUUGGUUGGGCCUAAGGAAGUUCUUCACUCAUUCCAUGUAGAUUAAUAUAUUGUGCUAUAAUAAGAGUUGCAAUAUUUUAUAGGUACCUUCAAUUUCAACAUUACUUUUUUAAAAAUUAACAAGAAGUUGCAAAGAAGCACUUAACAAGAAUGCAUAUGAAAUAUGAUUUUACUCAUGGGGAGUGAUAGAAGUGAUAGAAAAUACAACCUAAGCUUUACCUACUGUAUAAUUGAUUUUAUAAAUACGUAUAAAUAUAUAUAUUUGAAACUCACCGGUAAUUUAAAGUUUCUGUUGAUGCUGUUGUAUUGUAUUAUAACUGUAGAAUAUUUUAUGAGUUUUAGAGAUCAGAUGAUGGAGCAAAGCAGGCUGAAAGGUGCAAUGUUCAUGUGUGGAGUAAUGUAGAAAAGGUUACUCUGCCAGUGUCAUAAUGUAAAAAUACUAGCAAGCUAAGGUGACCAACUGUUGGGGUGUUACUGAGGAAGCCAACCAGUGAAACAUAGUAAUAUCACCCUCAUCAUAUCGUAAAAAAAAUAGUCUAAGAUUAUAUGCUAUGUUGUAUCCAAUGAAUACCUUGACAUGUUCAAUUUAAAUAUCCAUGUAAGAUAUUGUAAAUAGUAUUACUACUGGUAAAGACAUUUUUUUUUUAUUUAUGGUGCUUUGAAACUAUUGUGAACCACCUGCUGAAAAAAGAGCAGAUGUUCCCUUAUCAUAUAUUUGUAUAUAAAGUUUUUGAUCAUUAUUAUUUAACUACUUAAUGUCUAGUUACUAAGACAUACUAGUACACCUUAGACUGUGGUGAAACAAUGACUAAGUGAUCCUCAUCUUGUGUGUGAUGUCAGAGUGGAGUGCGUCAUCUUGGAACUAACUGAAGCAAACAUUCCUCCGGCUUUCCUCUUCAUGGCAUCAUGGAAAAAAAUACAUGAAAACUGAAAAGUUAACUAAAAAUUUUGUAUUGUCAGAGAAUCAUGCACGAUGUAUGAUUUCCUAAAUUGCCAUUUUUUGUCUGAAACUAUGGAAAAAUAUUUUGCUAAGUGUGCAGUGUUCCUGUACUGUGAAAAGGUGCAGCAUUAUUUUUUUGAGAGGAACAAAGUGUAAUGACUUUGUUUAUAUGUAGCUUUCUAAGAAGCAACUGCACAAGGUGUCAGUUUACGUAUUUCUUUAAAAUAUUCCAAAAUGGUGGCUUUCAGCCAGUGUCCUAGGUGUGAUGUUUUAUAUAAAACUAUUGAGUCAUACUCUAUGGCACCAGCUUAACUGAUGGAGAAAACAAACCAAAAAUGAUUCAACAAUUGUCUCACCCUCAACUAACGUCCUAACACUCCUAGUUGUAACUAAUACUGAGAAAACCCCUUCCAUGCUCAUUAUUUUGUAGUUUAUGGCUGCUAAUUUUAUUUAUGACUUUACUGAUGUGAUUUCACAGAUGUCAUAUUGCAAUAAUCCAUCUCAUGGCUGGAAGCAGCAGCUGCACAGCAUAGUGAUCCAUCAAAAUUCUGGUGAGGUUGUUCAUUAUUCAUGAGUGAUGCCCACAGAGGCUGACAAUCAGCUGAUCUAGUUGGAAUAACAAGGCAUAAGAAUCCUUUGGAAGGGAAUCACAGUAAGCAACCUGUUAUUGUCUUUAAUGUCUGCAUUCGUUAAUUACCUCCAUCUAUCUGGACACUACUCUCUUACACUGAGAGUGAAGUGGAGCCAGCAUAGUAUAUGUAUAUUUUAUCAGUAAAAUAUGUAGAACGAGAUGCCUAUUACAAUAGGCUCCUAGAAAGCAUAUAUGCAGUAUGGAGGAGAAAUAUAGGCAUAAGUAUAGCAACACACAUGAAGUACGUCACCUGCAUAGGUUAAUAGUGCAUAUAUGUGGUGUGGACGUAAGUGCAAUGGGAUGCUUUCUCAGAACUAAGCAGCUGCAAACAGAGAACAGCACCUGGUGGGGUCCAAUAACGAGUUGCUUACUGCUCUUGAUUGAAAAUCUCUUGUAGUGAUAAUUGUAGAUAAAAUACAGAAUGGUUAUUGGUCUGACUUAUUUUAUUGUUUAUUAAAACAAGAUUGUAGAUUAUUCCCACUUAAAAGUUCCUUAUCAAAAUUGUAUUACAUAGCUUCAUAAUUCACUCCAGUAUUGUUAUGAAACUAUAUUUCAGUUAUAUUAUUCUUCUAAUGACUUCAUAAUUUAGAUAAGUUGCAUGUCAAACAUGUGUUAAUGAGGCUUAAUUUUUUUUUUAAGGUAUACAGAGUUUAGUAUUUUUCAUAUGUUUAAGUUAUUGUUGGAAAAAAAAAACUUACAAGUGCAAAGUUACUCAUGCAUAAAAUAUGCCUAGUGCCAACCAACAAGUGGAAAGUUUUAUGACAAUUUUGGAGUAAAAAGUAAUAAAUUUAUUAUGCAGUUUUUACAGCAGUUCAAUAUUGUAGCCACAAGGAAGAAUUUAUUUGUCCACACCUUACAGGAUUUUAAUAGGUGCAAAUUCUAAUACAGAAGACCAAACUGACAUGCCUAGUAAUAAAAGAGGCAGAAAAUACUUGAUUUAGUAUUAAAAUUUUUCCUAAGCUUUAAAAAAUCUUCCUUGAAGUCAACCCAACUGCUGACUUUUGCAAAUGACUACUCGCUGAAUAGCGAGAGAAAGAGAACAUGAUAACCUGAAACCGCUGAGUUAUUAACUUGUUCAUGAUCAUAAAUAAUGCAACCAAUCCAUGAUAUAGAUAUCAUGUAACAUUAUUUUAUUUGUGUACCACAAAUAGCCAGACAAUUUAUUUAAUGUGUAUUGAAAAAUAAAUGUAAGGCUAAAAGUCUAGGAGAAGAACCCUUGCUCUGCCAAAAAGUGUCAUCUUCUUUAGCAUUAUUCACUGUAACUAAACCACUUGUAGCAGUUUCCUUGCUCAGUUGUUGGUGAAGCAGUUACAGGAGCUACGGAAUACACGAUAGACUGUUAUUGAACUUUACUCAGUCAUGGUCUAAUGUGACAAGUACAGUACUACUAAGCAUAUGGAAAACUAUGCAAUAACAUUCUUUUCAAAAUGAAAUUGUAGGCAGUACAACAUAAGUGAAAAAUGAUAUUAGCACAUGAUAACCUUAUCCCAACCAGCUGAGUGAAGUAACUUAUGUGUUAGUGUGUCCCUAGCCAUUUCAUAUUUAUCCUCUUUUCAGCCUUACAUAAAUUUAGUUUUUUAUUAUAUAUGUACAUACAGUACAUUAUUUAUCACAGCCUGAUUAGUAUACGUAAACCAAGAAAUAUUGAUUACCUGUAUACUUUGUUAGAACAUCAUUAUGUUUAUUGCUAUUCCCUUGUGAGCAUGUGUAUGGCACACACACACACACACACACACACACACACACACACACACACAAAAUGUACUUUCACUCAACUCCAUACGAUUGUAUUACAUACUGAUGACAGCAAGUUCAACUUUUUGCCCUAAAAGACCCAAUGUCAGUCUCUGUACACACACUCAGCCCCUGAGGCCUGUGUGUGUUACCAGUGUUUUGGAGACAUCAGUGGCUGCUGGAGAGUUGACAUUUUUAUAUGACAGAUAUUCGACAUAGAUUUCCUCUGUCCACUCCACCAUGUUUGUUACUCUUGGUUUUGCUCCUGAAAAGAUGUAGAGGACUAGCCUUGCAAGGUUUCAGAAUGCAAGUGGUGUAUGCAUCUUUUCACAACUUAGGUAUUAAGACCCCCGCACUUUGAAGAAAUAAACAUUGUUGUUACUGUA